AACAAGCAAGCCCGCCGCUGUCGCAAACGUGGCCCAGCCGCCAAGUGAGGCCGGGAGCGCGACAGCCCGGGCAAAAGGGAGGGGAGUGAGACGUGGGAUGCUUUACGGCCGCGCCUCUGUUCGUGCCGAGGCUUCCUUUUUCCACGUGGAGAGUAAGAAGCUCCUGCGCGGGCGCCAUGAAGCGACCGAAGUUGAAGAAAGCUAGUAAGCGCAUGACCUGCCAUAAACGCUAUAAAAUCCAGAAAAAGGUACGAGAGCACAAUAGAAAACUCCGCAAGGAAGCAAAGAAACGUGGGCACAGAAAACCCAAGAAAGAUAUAGGAAUUCCUAAUGCAGCACCUUUUAAGGAGGACAUUCUUCGGGAAGCUGAACAAAGGAAACAAAGGCGUGAAGAACUGAGAAAACAACAAAAACUUGAACGACAAAAAGAACUGGAAAAGAAACGCAAACAAGAAGCUAAUAAGGAUGCCAGUAAAGAAGAACAAUGUGAAAAGGAAUCAACCUCUAAACCCAAAGCAAACCCAAAACAGCAGAUAAAUAAAAAUUCAAAGCAAUUCUUCUGCAAGGAACUUAAAAAGGUGAUUGAGGCUUCUGAUGUGGUGUUGGAAGUUUUAGAUGCAAGAGAUCCACUAGGCUGUCGGUGCCCACAGGUGGAACAGUUUGUUGGUCAGUCAGAUGGAGGCAAACCAUUGCUGCUGGUUUUAAACAAAAUUGAUCUGAUACCGAAGGAGAACUUAGAGAAAUGGUUGCAUUAUUUAAAUAAGGAAAUUCCAACUGUUGCAUUUAAAUCUGCAAUGCAGAAAAAAGACAGAACAGCGGCAAAGAGGGUUACUAAAAUUGAUCUAUCAUUGGCCAGCCUGUGCUUCGGAGGUGACUGUCUGGUAAAACUUCUUCAGGAGCAUAGUACGGUGAAAGAGAAAGUUGUACAAGUUGGUGUAGUAGGUUUUCCCAAUGUAGGGAAAAGCAGCAUUGUCAAUAGUCUGAAAGAGGCACGUGUCUGCAACGUGGGACCUAUGAGAGGCCUUACGAAGUGCAUGCAGAUUGUUAACAUUGACAACCAAAUCAGAAUGUUAGAUAGUCCUAGCAUUAUUGUGGCACCUUCCAACCCUCCUCAUGCACUAGUACUGAGAAGCACAACAGAUGUUGAUUCUGCUAAUUUAUUUGAUUCAGUAGAUGCAAUUUUGAAGCACUGCAGCAAACAGCAGAUCAUGAUGUAUUACAAUAUUCCGAAUUAUGGAAAUCCUUUGGAGUUUUUAACACUACUUGCACAGAAGAGAGGAAUGCUGAAAAAGAAAGGUGUUCCUAAUGUAGAAGCUGCAGCUAAAUUAGUGCUGUGUGACUGGACAGGUGCCAAAAUGAGUUAUUACUCACAACCCCCUGCAUUGUGGAUCCCAUCACCACACCUCUCCGCUGAAGCUUUAGCAGCAGUAAAACUAGCUUUUAAUUUUGAUGAUCUGGAAGAAGAUAACAAAACCACCUUGAAAGCUAGUAAACACCCAAAUAAGGCAAGCAGCAUUGCGUUUCAGUCUCCUGGCUUCACUGAUGGUAUUAUAGAGGAUACUGAACUGCCAGGGGAAGUAAUGGAAAAAAAGAGCAUAGAAAUGAGUGAAGAUGCUGAGGAAUUAUCUGAAGACAAGGAGGAUGGAGUGGAAAGCGAAGAGGUAAAAGUGCAAGCUUUAAGAGACUUAAAAAACAAAACACACUCUGAAGAGCUGGAAGCAAAGAAUGCAAAAUGGGGGAAGUUGCCUACAGGUAGACAGCUCCGCAUAGAGGCUGGUGACCUCGAUGAUGCCUAUGAUUUCAAUACAGAUUACAUAUAAGAAGAUCAAGGGGUUUUGAGCGCUCCAGUUUUCUGGUCAGCAUUUAGGACUCUACAGGCAUUUCGGUGGACUGUUUGUGGACUGGCAAUGCCAAUUCUGUGUGCAUAUUGUAUAGAGCAGGGAUUCCCAAACCCCAGGUCUAAUCCCGGUCUGGGGCUUGUUUGCAACUGGGCCACCACUCCCUGCCCUCUAAAAACUCCCCCCCCCCCCCCCGCUGGCCUUGCCCUUGCAGCACGGCGAUGAGCCGCUCAGUCACGCCCCCCUCCCCAGCAUAACGGGGCUCGGCUGCCGCCACCACCUGUCCCCUCCCUUCCUUUCCCCAGCGCCGCUGGAAAAGCAGGCUGAAGGAGGAGUUUCGCCCCUCCCUCACUUCCUUCAGCAUGAUUCAAAUCAGCCCGGUGCUGCCGAAGCUUCCCGAGCCUCCUCCCAGUGUCUCUUGGGGGGGGGGGGGCAGCAGCGGGGCUCUGUUCUGCAACGGUGGAGCCCUUUCAGAAUGGGGCUGGGUGAGCUCAGCAGUUUUCCCGAAGAAUCAGGUGAUGGGGGAGGGGGGACAGUCGAGCAGCUCCCUUCCUGACAUUGAAAUUGACCUGGGGUGGGGGAGAGAGGAGGAGGGGGAAGCAAAUGCCUAGUUUCCCCUCCUCCCUCCCUUCCCCAUCCCAGGUCAAUUUCAAUGUCCGGAAGGGAGCUGGAAGGCAACCUUAUUUGCUUUAUUUUCCACCACCACCCCCCUCUUACUGUCAGGCAGUCUUUUCUUCUGGCUGUCUUUCUCUUUUUUCUCUUUCUUUUCUGGCUUUCUGUGUCAUUCUUUCCAGACUCUUUUUCUUUCUUUCUUUCAUUCUGGCUGUUUUUCUCUCUCUCUCUCUCCUGUCUUUUUCUCUCUCUCUCCCCCCCCCCUUCCUUCUUUCAGACUGUCUUUCUCUCUUUGUGUCAUUCUUUCUCCCCCCCCUCUCUCUCUCCCUUCCUUCCUGUCAUUUCAUUUUUCCCAGGCUGAGAACAUUCUAUAUUUUUAGUUUUCUGCUGUGGGAUUCUUGUGCUUUUUCUUUGUUUUAUUUUUAAAGUUGCAUUGCAAAAUCCCUCUAUUCUCCUACCUUUCCUAAACAAAAUAUUACAAGAGUUUUAAGCAUGUUUGUACAUCACUUCCUGGCUCUGCCCCCAAAUUUUAGUAGGCCACGAAGGAGAAGUGUAAAAAUAACUGGGCCACGGGAGGGGAAAGUUUCGGAAACCCUGGUGUAGAGUAUUGCAUUAUUAUUUACAGAAGAUUGCAUCCAUGUGUUUCUCAUCAAUCAGCAUAAAUUUGAAACUGAUGAUGCUUGAUAUGAUUCCCUCCAGCAGUGAGGCAUGUUGUACCAUGAUUCAUUAACUCAGUCUCUGAAGAGAAAAGUUUGAAGCAUACAUGGUCAAAGAGAUUCAGUUCUGAAAUAGGUAUAUACUUAUUCCAAGGGAGUAAACCUUGCACAAGCUAACAGGGAAAUGUACAGGGAGGUCAGUGGACAAAAUCGGUUGUAAGCUCAUUAGGAUGAAAUAAAAUUUUCAGCUUCUUCUAUGGAAGAUGUAUGUUACUUUUUUGCAGCUGUGUUGAACUUAUUUGUUGUGAAGGCUGGAUCUGACACUUUAUUGGGCAAGGCCAUGUGUGCCAUAAAAUGUAACACAAAAAGUACCAGGGAUACAGACUUUAUAAAGGUGAUUUCAUAUGGUAAUAACAGGUGAAUGACAAUAGCAGGCUUGGUUGGAUUAGGUGUUAUAUGCAGGGGGUAGUAGGUGUGGAGAUACCAGCAUUGGUAAUGAGACAGGAAACCAUCCAGGAGGAUGCUAAGAAUAAGUGGAGUGAUUAAUGAGCAAUCUGACAUUAGAAACCACAACAUUCAGUUGCUGACCUAAAAGUAGCAGCGCUCUUACAAAAGAAUAUCAAAGGGAGAUUAGAAAGAGAAACUGCUGAAUUGCAAUUGAUAAUAAAGGUCAAGACAAUACUUCUUCCUGGACCAAAUUGAGAGCUAGGCUUCCUGUCUUAUUACCAAUGCCUGCUGUUGUCAUUUGACAUCUGAAAUCACUCCACUCUCCAAAAUAUAUGGUUCCGUGGCAUUUAAAAUCUUCACAGGAGAGCAUUUAAAAAAUAACCUUAAUGCUCAUUCUCUGUGCAAUAAUUUUAGCUUUUUCCAACUCAAGGAACUAUGUAAAUUCAAUUACACGAAGUGCAAAAAACAGUAUUGUUUAUUACAUUUUCAGUCAGCAUAUUUAAUAAUAAACUAGUUAGCAUACAUUGUCAUCAAGAAAACAAAUGCAUUGAUGUGACAUGAGUUAACUGAUGUGCAAACGUGUUUAGUAAGGACAAAUUACUAUUCACAAAAAAAGAUUCAAAUUAAGAAAUUCUUAGUAAAUUUGAGCAGCUGCUUCCACAGUUUUAAAAAUUAUUCCUUUAGAAUUGUUGGGGUAACCUUGCAAAUCAAUAAAAUAUUUUUUUAUUAAU